AUGGCUUCGCCAGCGAUGCUACGUUAUUUCCGAGAUCACGAAAUAUCUAUCCCGAAGCCCCAUCUGGACUACGUCAUGGAUCAUCAGGGCAACAGAAAUGUAAUUCCACUAGUCAUGAUCACAACUCGCUUACGCCACCUGAGAGACAGAUCAGAAGGGCAACCAGCAUCAGAAGUCGAAGAAAGAAUAGCACCCAUGGUUGAGUCCAUCAGAUCUAGGCAGAGUGGCAAGCACCAGUUCAAACGCACCCCUUACGCACAAGAUCCAAGUCUAUCUGUCCUUGCCGCUGCCAGGUCUCUUAUCCCCGAGCUCAUUGAAGUUUCCGAGAUUGGAAACUAG